AUGGAGGACGAAUCCAAUCUGCUUCUGAGAGUGGAUCACGUCAAAUACAGAAAAGCGGGUGAUGGGCGGUCUCCCAUCGGACGCCUGUCCGUCUAUCGAGAGUACACCGAGUGGAGAGACAACACGAGUCCGGAAGUCCUCACUAUCAAAUUCACUCGUAUCAUAGGUAAUCACUCACAAGGAAUGCUUUCGAAAUGCAUUACUCGGUUCGUACCGAGACUGAGAACCUCAAAAUACAAGGAACACUCUUUUGGUGUUUCUUACUUUUUGAUUCUACAUUUCGAAGUCAUCCCUUGCACCCAUUGUUUUUUCCGUUUUUUUUUUCGUUUUUUUACGUCAAAAACCCAAUUCAGCGAUGUAAAAAAACGAAAGAAACGGAAAACAAACAUACGCUGAAUAGCCCCAUAAGAACUGCCUAAAGUUUGGUUUUAGGUCAGAGAGUCUCUCCUCCGCACAAAUCGAAAGUGCAGCUGCAGCUGAGUCUCCAGAACGAGGAUCAGGCGACAUUCGUGUUCUUGCGACCAGGCGCUUCGAAAGAAGAAUUGAUUAACGAAAGAGAUUCUGUGAAAGAGACACUGCAGCAAGCACUUAUUGCCCACCGACAGCACGUAAAAGAGCUGGCGCAAUCGAACGAAAGCCAGAUGAAGGACACGGAACUGAAAGAGAAACAAAAGAUUCUCCGAGAGGAUCGUAAUCUCGAAAAGCUCUAUCAGAACUUGGUGGCGACGAAACUGAUUACUCCGCAGGAUUUCUGGCAAGACUACUACCAACAGGAAGGAGUUUCCGAGACUAAGAUCGGAAUUAACGGAGCAUUCCUCGCGAACAUCGUGCAACAAGAGGGAACGAAUGGGGUCAGACUCAACCUCAAUCAGGACAUCAUUCAAGCUAUUUACACCACGUAUCCAGCCGGUGCAUUCUGUUCUUAAAAGGUCUCUGUUCUUACUCAUCUGAUUUCAGUGGACAAGAAGUUUCACGAAUUGGUUCCUCAUGAGAUGUCCGAGACAACGUUCUGGACGAAGUUCUUCCAGUCGCAUUACUUCCAUCGCGAGAGAGACGUUCUUCCGAAUCCGAAGGACCCUUUCGCCGAUUGUGUCAAAGAGGAUGAGGACGAGAUGAAGAAGAUGUCGAAGGAGGAGGUUCAUAGAAAACGGUUCGAUCUGGAUCACAUCGACGAUAACGCCUUGAAAGAUUUCGUGCAUGUACGGUGAGAGGUGUAUUCUCCUAAUCGAUUGUUCAUUUUCAGAAAGAAGAGCCGAAGAUGACAAAAGGCAACUUGAUCAAGAGAUGCAAUUAUCUAUCGGAGAAAAUUCUCGCCACUUCUUGGAGGUCCGGAGACGAAGCGACGAGUUCUGUUAACAAUAAGAAGAAGGGAUUCGCAGUGCUUGAUGUGGGUGCCCUUUUUUCGGUGUAAUUAUAAACGAAGUGAAUUCCAGAGGGUUGUUGCCGAGACGGAGAGCCGACUGGAAUCAGAUGAUUUGGCCGAGAAGACCAAAGAGGAGGAAGUGCAACUGAUUCGAAUUGAUUCGUCUGUCCAAGUGGAGGAAGCUGUCUACCCGGCGACCGACAUGACGCGGUACAAAACGAUCAUCAGCGAUUACUUCGACAAUUUCACCGUCUCGGAUAUUCUACAAAGAAGCGAAAUGGUACUUGAUCAGCAAGAAAUGGAGGCUCAUGAACUGGAAGAAGCGAUGAAAGAAGAGCCAGAAGGAGCCCCGCCGCCGGAGAAUUGGUGCGAGACGCCGGUUGAACUGACGAAAGUGCGCGACGUUCACAGUGCGGUGAAAGAGCUGUGCAGACAGUUCUGGCACUGUUUCCCGCCAAUAUCCGUCGAAACAGAGGACAAGUUGAAGAGAAUGGCGUCGACUUUGAAAAAGUACAAAGAGAAGGAGCUGCCGACGAAGGGAAUCGACGAGGUGAAUUCGGAACAUUGCCUCCAGAUGAUCAACCUGGCUCUCGAAAAGUACGCAGUUUAUGCGCAGAAAAAGAGGAAAUGAUUACUGUCUCAUUCCGUCGUUAUAACGCGUUAGUUGUAAUUUAUAUUCUGGUUUUUGUUCAUCUUCAUUCCGAUCUUUUUAUGUGAAUUGAAUAAAUCUUCAAAAAUAAAACCCUAAUUAUGUUGCGAUUAUAUUGUUAUCCGUGCAAUUCCUAUUUCAUAUCUCGCUGACAGUUUUUAGAAUUUUCAAUAUUGGUUUUCCCAUCUCAGAUGCAAAGAUUUUGUCAGUUAGCUCUCAGAAGCAGAAAUUUGAAAUUCGGGCUCGCGAGGCGGCUGACAUCUACGGAAGCGUCGAGUUCGGAAGAGAAUGCUCCGCCGCCGACACUCCGACCUGAUCUCAACUUUGAAUUCCUAUUAGACGACAAAAAUCUGGAAGUGAUCAAAGAAAACAUUUUGUGCGUCGUUACGUUCCGUUUCAGUUGAUCAUCUCACUCGUUUAGGCAUCGGAAAGGAGUCGGCGAUAUUGACAAAGUACGCGAAAAAUGGGCGGUCAUUCAAAGUAUGAUGCAUUCUGGAGAGAAGAAGCCGGACGGAAUCACCGAGUCAAAGUACGCACAGCUUUGGAAUGAGCUCUACGACGAAGCGUUGCUCAUUCCGAACAUGACACAGGACGGAGUGCCACGUGGCGGCGAGGAGAAUGCGAAAGUAGUUGGCGAAUGGGGAGAGAAGCGAGAAAACGAGUGCCUAACGGCCGAGAAGCUCGUGCAGACGUGGAGGUCCCUGCUCCACCCGACAGACGCAUCCGGACAGAGAUCUUACGUGUUCCUCGGCGCACUGGCCAGUCUCGAGAAGGCUAUUCUGGACUAUGCACACGAAAGAGUUUGUGCCCUUGGAUUCCGACCCAUUACUGUUCCGGACAUAGUCUCCGGAGAAGUGACGCAUGCGUGCGGAGUCAUGCAACGUAGCGACCAUCCGAUUCAGUACACUCUCGUCGGCGAUGAGAAACACACCAAGCUGUCGGGCACCGCCGAAAUGGGAAUCGCGGCCUUCUUGAGAGGAAGGACAUUCCAGGAGGAGCAGCUUCCCAUCCGACUCGUUUCUCUCAGCAAAUGCUUCCGAACGGAGAUUAGCAAAUCGGCCAGCGAAGCCAAAUUGUACCGAGUUCACGAGUUCAGCAAAGUGGAAAUGUUCGUGGUUUGCACCCCCGAGCAGAGCAAUGCCGAGCUGGAUUUCCUUGUGGAAGUGCAAAAAGGAACAUUCCAGGCACUGGGAAUUCACUGCAGGUAAUACAGAGAAUUUUAUAGAGAAACAGAACCUCUGGGCGUUGCAGACAGCUAGAAAUGCCGUCGGAGGAGCUUGGAGCCUCAGCUGCUCGCAAAUUCGAUAUCGAAGCGUGGAUGCCCGGAAGGAAGCUGUACGGAGAAGUGUCUUCGGCCAGCAAUUGCACGGACUUCCAAACACGUCGCCUCGGGAUCAAGUACAAAACGGCCGACGGGACGAUCAAGUUCGCGCACACCUGCAACGGAACUGCCCUCGCUUCCACGAGGACAUUGAUUUCCAUUCUGGAAACUUUCCAAAGUGUACACUUUUCAACUGGCAGAUCCUCUUUUGAAUCGUUUGUUUUCAGGACAAGAAAGGACUGGGCGAGCUUCCAGAAGUCAUCCGAAAUCGCAUAAAACAACGUGGAGGCCCUCUCCGCUUCCAACCGGCUAAAUCUCUUGCUUAG